UUUUCUGAAAUUUUCACAUUUUCUCAGAAUUUUCACAUUUUUUUGAAAUUUUCACAUUUUUUUGAAAUUUUCACAUUUUUCUUGAAAUUUUCACAUUUUUCUCGAAAUUUUCACAUUUUCUCGAAAUUUUCACAUUUUCUCAGAAUUUUCACAUUUUUCUGA